GUCAAUGCUACCGACCCGGCGCCCGGCUAUAUGAAUAAACCCUAGCUCUUCCACCCACCCCGCCUCCCUCGAAAACCCUAGAAGCCCAUCACCCUCCCCUGCGGCGGCCGCCUUCUCCUCGCGAAAUCCUUCUCGACUCGCGAAAAUGAGCCAGGAGGCCGUGAACCCGAAGGCGUACCCGCUGGCGGACGCGCAGCUGACGAUUAGUAUCCUCGAGAUCAUCCAGCAGGCCGCCAACUACAAGCAGCUCAAGAAGGGCGCCAACGAAGCGACAAAGACACUGAACAGGGGAAUAUCGGAGUUCGUGGUGAUGGCGGCUGACACCGAGCCGCUCGAGAUCCUUCUCCACCUCCCCUUGCUAGCUGAGGAUAAGAACGUGCCAUAUGUAUUUGUUCCAUCGAAGCAAGCCCUUGGUCGUGCUUGUGGUGUUACAAGACCGGUUAUUGCUUGCUCAGUAACCAGCAAUGAGGGUAGCCAGCUGAAACAGCCGAUUCAGAGUCUCAAGGACUCUAUCGAGAAGCUUCUCAUCUGAUUUACCAAAGACCUUUCAGUGUGAUGGGCCUCAGCGACACAUUUUUCAGAGGCUUGGACUGGUGAUGGUGUCUUGUUUACUAGAUUUUGCGCGUUCCAAACUAUGUUUGAAGACUGUUAAAAGUCGAUCAUACUUGAAUUUGUGCUGCGUCAUCUUAUAUUUGUGACUUGUGUAAGACGUCUGUAUCGUGGUGGCUGGUUUCUGUCGAGAUUCCGACCAUUAUUGUAACAGCUGAUGGCUAUGAGUUCUGAGAAUUGAUAGUUUGGCUGGUUGCAACUUCUUGCGACCACUUGCAGCACAAAAGUUGUGUUGGCUAGGUGAAAUUUGGUGCCUAAGGUUGUUGCCCAUA